AAGAGCGGCGGUGCCGUGCCGGCCCGCCAAAAGUAUUUCAUACUCGAUUUAUUUCGCUGUUUUCCCUCUUAUAAUCGAUAUCUUAGGAGAAUAUUUCACCAAGAUGAUCCGAAGCAAGAGAGAAGUCGACAAGCAUGUUGCCAAAGUGGAGAGGAACGUGCAAAAUCCGAGAGAGAAAGCUCUGAAAGGAUACGGUAUCGCCAGACUGUACUUUGAAGCCAAGGAGUACGACCAGGCCAGAAAGUACCUUGCAGGAUACAUCGGAGUCAGCAACAAUGAUGCCAAAGCCCACAGGUUCAUGGGCCAACUGUGGGAAGUCUCACAGGAACACAGCAAGGCACUAGGAUGUUACAAAAGGUCUUUGGAAAUCAAUCCAGCCCAGAAGGAUCUUGUUCUCAAAGUGGCAGAGGUUUACUGCUCCGUGGAGGAAGAUCCCCAGAGGAUGCAGUACUGGGCAGACAAGGCAGGGGCGCUGUUCCCCGGUCACCCAACCGUCUUCAACCUGAAGGAGAGAAUCAUGACAUCACAAGGUGGCAGUGUGGAUGAUAUGGAGGAUCUGAUUGGUGAACAAAUGGCUGCCCAUCCGAAAGACGCUCAUCUGCACAUCCGGCUGAUUAAGCUGUACCAAGACAACGACAGACUGGAGGAGGCGUACGAUCACUGCACGUCCGUGGAACGCACCAGGGUGUUCAAGGACAGUGCAGAGUGGUACGCCUGCAUGGCUAACACACUACAGGCAUAUCUUGACCAGAGAACCCCACCAUCUCCCGACUCAGAUGACACUCACACAUUGUACAUCCAGCUUCUCUCAGCCCUGUCCAGUUUGGUCCGGCUCAGACUGGCUGAGACCAGUAUCAGCCAGUGCUCCCAUGUCCUCAGAAGGUUUGACCGUUGCCUGCUGACGGCCAGCCAGCUGACGGCUCCGGUGGGUGGGGAGGGGGGCGAGGAGUGGGCUGCAGUCCUGGAGGAGAUGACAGGACAGAUCUACUGGCUAGCCGGGACACUGCUACUCAAACAGGCACAGCAGGGCCAGCUGACGUGGACAGAUGCUAUGCCCCUGGUGACUGCAUGUUAUUUAGUGAGUUACCAGUCUGCUGCUCCUGACACACGGGCACCCUGGGUUACUAUGGCUGACCCCGCCCGGCAACUGCCCCCGCCCACCUGCUGGUAUGACCUGGCCUGCUGCAGGCUCAGCCAAGUUGGCCACAUGCUGGAGAGUCUACAGGUGGACCAGGGCAGUGACUGGGUAGAAGACUGCCAGUUGAAGUUCUGUAAUCCGCAGGGCCGAGAGCGAGUGUUCUACGUGCUGUUUGGGUACGGCACAGACAACAGCCGGUCGUUCCUCCUCACCAGCGACUCGUUUUCUCGUCAGGACAUCGAGCUACCCGACACAGACGACCUCAUACAGUACGACAUGGUUGCCGUCCAUGACCAGCCUGGAGAGCUCCAGCCUGUGGUGUGGCUGGGGUUACAGUGGUUCAGUACUGAGGACAACAUCCAGCCUGACUGUGGCCUGUGGGUAUCUCGGCUAUUCCCAGAUCUACAGUUCACCACAACAGACCUCAAAUCUGGAGCUCCACUGUCAGUCUGCCUGCUGGAUAUACAGGCCUUUGUGUAUGCGACUGUAUACACCAGCACCCUGCAGCUACAGCAGGAGAACAUCCCGUACGGUCAGAUGGAGCCCCGGGUCCUCCCCCUGCCUCUGUCUCGCUUCCUCUGCUCACAGGCACAGAGGGACUGGUGGAGCGCCACCUACAGGCUGUACACUGGAACUGCAGAGAUGGGGACUCUGGCCAAGCAGAAGCUGACACUACAGCGGGGGCUGGAAGUGGUGCGUUGUGUCGGGAACCACGGUCUCCAUGCCAACCUCCUGGUGCACCUGGCUGAGACAUUCGCCGCACGAAUGGGGGAGGUUCAGGAGUCCAGUGAACAGCCGUGGUUCUACAAGGAGCAGUGGUCAGCCCUACAGGAGAGGAGUGCCCACUACUGGAGCACAGUUAUACCUCUGCUACAGCGCCUGCAACAAAAUCAGGCCGUGCUGACACCCAAGGAUCCCCUGUUCCCCCACCUGAACCAAGACGCCCCCGGCUCUAAGAUCCCCGAGCUGCUUGAGGAAGGCCGAUUGUUCCUUGCGCAGACGGCUGCCCAGCAGGGCAGGUCUGAAGAAGCACUGCAGAUGCUGAGGACCAUGAACACCGCACAGGCUGCCAGGCACAUGGCUCAGAUCUACAAGUUUCUGGCCAAUAAGCAGCUAGAAGACAUGGAGGAUGCAGAUGAGGAUGAGGUACAGCAGAAGAGGUCGGAGUGGGAGUCUCUAAUGAACAAGGCUAGGAACUGCCUGACCUUGGCACUGGAGAGGCUGGGGGAAGACAAGAACAACCCCCUCUAUGUGUCCAUUCUGAAGGAGCUCCAAGCUGUUGAUGAGGAUCUUGGGAAGGCUCAGGAUCAGCUAGCAGAGCAGCUGGAUGGAGAGGGGAGCCCCCUCUUCACAUCCUCUACUGCUGGUUCCCCCCCUAGACAACUCUCAAGGGGGGAUGGACGCAGCCCCGUCCUGGAGUCUCCGUCCAGUGUUGCAGCCCAACUGAAGGCUCUAACGCUGGAUAACUCCCGUCUGCUGGAGACCUGCACACGCAGUGAACAGAGAGUCCAGGAGCUCACCGAACAGAUGAAGUUCCUCAUGGAAGAACUCAAAGACAUGAAAGCCUCGGCUGGCACCCCUUCCCGAUCAGUGGGCCAGUCCACAUCCACCCAGACACCACCUGAUGAGAAGACUGCACAGCCAGCUGCUGACGCGUCGUACAUGGCCCAGCCGGGCUUUGCCACCCCACACUACGGCUAUGCCCAGACCCCGCCGUACGGCUAUGCCGCGUACACCACUCCUCUGGCGUAUGGUGGUGUCCAGCAUGGGUUUGGCACACCGCCGCAUGGGUACGCCGGAUACAGCGCGCUCCAACACGCUAUGUACCACAGCUCCCAGGUGGCAGCCGCAAGUCAGGAGAGCGUCACGCAGGCGCUAGCCGCAGCAACUGGGGUGACGACGCCUGCAAGGGUUCCUGGUGCGGUGCCGGCAGCGGCAAGCAUGACGUCCACCCCAGCCGCCACUGUUCCCGGUCACGACCAGACACCGCUGCUGCGAUCCCUCAUCAUGUCCACACCUACCAACACCAAGCCGGCGGCCGCCGUGGCCUCGGACGAUGCACAGAAGGGCCCGCCGAACCAGACGAUGCGCACCAGCGAGUCCAUCUCCUUAACGCGUGUCUCGACCGAACCUUCGCAGCCACUUUCUGUCACCAUUCCUCCGGAACACAUCAAGUCCCCAGUGUACCAGAACCAGGGGUACUCUCCCAGUGUGCUGCAGGCUUCGCAGCGGAGCUAUGUGCACACGGUGGUGCACGGGCCCAGCCCCACGACGCAGUUUGCUGGAACCAGCCCCCGAGCACAGCUACAACAGGGGAUGCCGCUUACCACGCAGAACAUCCAGGGUUUCGUGCAAGCCUCCCAACCUGCGGCGUUUACAGGGCUGAUGAAGCCAGGAGUGGCGACAACAACGCUCCAACCAGGCACACUUCAGCCAGGCAUGCCAGGGUACAACCAAGCCAUGCAGGCAGCUGCCUUGCGCAUGGGACUGGCACAGGGAUAUCCGCAAGCCGUCAGCCCCCGGGCUAUGCAGAUCCCUCAGGCACAGCUAGCAGGAAGACCGGGAAUCACCACAGGUGUUCCCCAGCUGUCUCAGGGAGGCCAGACUAUCCCUGCCACCCAGUCCUUACCAGCAGCAGCUAGUCCACAGAGAGUACAGAUGGGGGUUCACUCCAGACUCGGAGUGGUUCCCAGCAUCCCUGUCAGUUCCCAGGCCCUGUCGGCAGCAGCUGCCGGAGGCUUCUUCAGUUUCAGCACUGCCUCACAGAUACCCGGAACCCAGCUGCCAGGGAUCGCUACGAAGUACCCAAUUCUCACCACCAUGGUGGAUCCGAACACUUUCCGAUCUACCCCCACGUUCACUGUCCCCAGGAGCUUGACUCCUCAAUUUGGGGAGUACUCAGACCAAUCAAAAUCCCCAUCAGAAGAGGAAGAGGUCUCAACGCCUGACUCAGAGGAGCCCUCCGAGACGAAUAUUCAGAUUGGCCCUGGGUAUUUCAGGCCACCCGGAGAAACGGAGUCUCCAAUAACCUUUGCCUCGAUAGUAGGUGACGGGGAGCAGGCCAGUGACCUAUCCAAGGAACUGUUUGUAACUGGCGAAGAGCGGAUGUUCCAACGUCCAGAAGACGUGGACAGAGAGAACCAGGAGCUCGCGAGUGACGAAGAAACAGAAGCUCACGACGACGGCAUCCACUUCGAGCCAAUCGUGACCCUCCCAGACAAGGUGGAGCUGAGAACCGGGGAGGAGGAUGAGGACACAAUGUUCGUUCACCGGGCAAAGCUGUUCCGCUUCGACAAGGACAGCCAGCAGUGGAAGGAACGCGGCCUGGGCAACAUCAAGGUCCUGAAGAACCGACACAACAAGCGCUUCCGCAUCCUGAUGCGCCGCGACCAGGUCCUGAAGAUCUGCUGCAAUCACUACAUCACAGCCGACAUGUCCAUGAAACCAAACGCAGGCUCGAACCGGUCCUGGGUGUGGGUCGCUAUGGACUUUGCAGAGGAGGAGGGCACACAGGAACAGUUUGCUGUGAGGUUCAAGGAGGCAGAAACUGCCCAACUGUUCAAGAGCAAAGUGGACGAGGCUAUCCAGGCAAUCUCGUCCAUGCCUGCAACAUCUAGUAAGAAAUCUCCGCAGAAGGAACCAUCCUCUCCAACAAAACCACUGUCUCCUGGAAAACCGCUUUCUCCAAAAAAGCCACCCUCUCCGACCAAAACUAAAGACCAGGAAGUCCCUGAUACUUUUGGUGAGCUGUUCAAGCCGAAGCCAGGUACAACUCCAGAACCAAGCGAGCCAACUUUGUCAUUAGGGGACAUGUUUAAGCCCAAAGCUGGAUCGUGGGACUGCCCAACAUGCAUGCUUAGCCAAUCAGGAGACAAAGAUGCCUGCUUGGCUUGUGAAACCCCAAAACCAGGCACUGCACCAAAGCCAGCCAAGUCGGGAUUCUCCUUUGGCAGCAUGUUCAGUCAGGAUGCCGCCAGCCAGCCGACCACCCCGUUUGGUGCAACUGGUGCCGCUGCCAAGCCUGGUGUGGGCACAGCCGCCCAGUCUGGGUUUUCCUUUGUAAGCACUGGCCAGUCGGGUUUCACCUUUGGAACGUCACAGCCAACAGCAGAGAGCACUCAGUCGAAGACAGGGUUUUCCUUCGGGUUUUCCCUACCACAGACAUCCACUACAUCCCAGAGUACAUCGCUAACAGGCUUCCAGUUCAAACCAACCCAACCAGAAACAAGUGAUAGUGCCCGAUCAGGAGGAUUCUCCUUCAAGCUGGACCAAUCACAGCCAUCUGAGUCAGGCUUUGGACUCAACUUUGGCCAAUCGCAGCCCAAUGCUCCCAGCCAAUCAGGCUUCAAGUUCACCCUCAGCCAAUCACAGCCAAGUGAAGGCACCCAACCAGCAACCAGUUCUGAAGGAAGCAAGUUCACCUUUGGUGAUGUGAAAGGUGGGCUUCCUGUUGUAGGUGCUGGUAAUGACGGCACAUUCGGGGGCUUUAAGUUCUCCUUUUCACCUUCUCCUAACACCGCCACCACCACCGUUGCCUCCUCUUUGGCAAGUCAGUUCAAAUUCUCCCUCCCUGUGUCCUCAGUAACAGCUGUCACCACUGUGUCAACUCCUGUUGUCAGUAUGAUCCCCGGGCCACGAACCAGCACCCCUAUUGGCACGCCUGAAAAGCAGCACCCAGCUGCCAGGACAGACAAAGCCACAGCAGAAGCUGACCCAGAUGUUAUCUUUGUGUACGAAAAGAAGCCGACCGCAGAUCAGAUCGAACGUGCAAAGAAAUACCUCCUGCCCCCCACGUUCUACCUGUUCGAGGACAAGCCACUUCCGGAGGGCUGGACGGAAGAGGACAAGCUAGACGACAAACCAGAACGUCCUGUCGUCAAGAGUGCGGACACGCCUAGCAACGCCUCAGCAGCAGUAAGCACAACAGAGCCAAGUGAAAGCAACAGCCUCUUUGGUGCAGCGUCGUCCAAUCUCAUGUUUGCGGACCUAACUGCCGGCAAAACACAGGAUUUUGCCUGGGGAAAGUCCGACAAGCCGUUUGGUGGCUUCCAGGGUGCAGGCACGCAACUUUUUGGGACCCUAAACACAAGCCAGGAAAGCGACGAGCCAAACAUUGAGGAAGAGCGUGAUAUCUACUUUGAACCCAUCAUACCAUUGCCAGAAAAGGUGGAACUGAUCACUGGAGAAGAAGAUGAGAGGGUCCUGUACCAACAACGGGCCAAGCUCUUCCGGUGGGACAAAGGCACCAACCAGUGGAAAGAACGGGGUGUUGGCAACAUCAAGUUCCUCCAACACAAGACGACAAAGCGUAUCCGUAUAAUCAUGCGCCGUGACCAGGUUCUGAAAGUGUGUGCUAACCACUUCAUCACCACCGACAUGACGCUGAAGCCAAACGCCGGAUCAGAGCGGUCGUGGGUGUGGAAUGCCAUGGACUGCUCGGACGAAGAGCCAGCUUUCGAGCAGUUUGCAGCCAGGUUCAAGACCGCAGAAGUUGCGGAGGAGUUCCACAAACGUUUCGAACAGUGCCAGGCCAUGCUGAUCGACGUCAUGCCUCCCUCUCCCAGCAAAAACGCCGGUCCUUCCCGGGAGUCACAGCUCAUCAACAGUGCAGAGAAGCUGAAGUCAGAACUGAAGUCGCUGAAAGAGCAGUUUGCCGCUGCUGGACCCGGCAUGCACAGCCCUCGCGAAGCAGAAGAACAAGAGGCCGACACUCUGGCCUCCGUCUUACGCAAGGAACGAGCCGACACUCCCGGAAGCAUCGACCGCCUGGAGUGGGACAACUACGACUUACGAGAAGACAGCAGCCACGACACUUCAAACCAGAGUUUCUUUGGCAGCACGUCCCAGACUGCUUCAUUUUCAUUCUCAGCAUCUUUCGCAGACAGCAGGAACUUAUCCCUAAACUUGAACAAGACUGAGCCCGAGGAAGACGAAUAUUACCAGGAUGACGAAGAAGAUAAUAUCCAUUUCUCACCGAUCGCCAACUUACCCGAGAACGUGGAGCACGUGACAGGGGAAGAGGACGACACAACGCUGUUUGAACAUCGAGCCAAGCUCUACAGGUUCAAUGUCUCCAAUCAGGAGUGGAAGGAGCGUGGAGUCGGAGACAUCAAAAUUCUUCAGAACCUCUCGGACGGUCGGGUUCGCGUUGUCAUGAGAAGGGAAAGGAUCAUGAAACUGUGCGCGAACCACCACAUCACCACGGACAUGAAACUCCAACCCAACAAGGGGUCAGAUCGCUCCUGGGUCUGGACAGCCAUGGAUUUUGCAGACGAAGAAUUGAAGCCUGAACAACUUGCUGUGAAGUUUAAGAGCAAAGAGGUGGCUGAUGAGUUCCGGGAUCGCUUCGAAUUCGCUCAAGAUCUUCUGCGAGAAGGGAAGAUCUGUACUCCACCAACCUCUGGUACCAACACCCAACCCGGAACUCCGGAAAUAGAGAAGCUCCCGGAAAUGAACGAGGCAACCAGCAGGGCUCUGUCUCGACAAACACCAACGAGGUUGACCUUUGACAUUGACGCAGGCAAGAAGCAGGAUGCCUCGCCCAAGUCCGAUGACCAAGCGACGCCACCAAAGGACGGUGGCGUGGUCUCACCAUCAAAGUUCACAUUAGCCGAUAGUCAGCCGACCAAACCUACUAUCAUCUCUCCCUCAAAAUGGACCUUCGGUUCACCGACUACUGACUCUUCCUCGACACAACCUGCCUUCAGCUUUGUACCCUCAACCCAGCCAGCUUUUAGUUUCGCCACCAUUUCCAGUAGUACCACCCCCUUCUCCUUCACUCUGGGAAGUAGUAGCACUGGGGAUUCCUUGUUCGGAGCUCCCACCACAACAGCCUUCGGGUUGACUUCCAUUGCCGAGAGGUCCGAGGAAGCAUCAUCGGAAGAAGCAUCUCCCACCAGAGAAAAAGCACCAACUGACCUAUCCCAGAGGUCACCCGAAAAAGUACGGCAGCUUCCUGCCAUGACCCCUGACCUGACCUCUGACCUCAGCGUGGAGAUAAUCUACGAGAAGGAACCCUCUGCGAGGCAGCUGACCCGCGCGCUGACCUACCGUCUCCCGUCCACGUUCUACCUCUACGAGGACCUUCCCGAUCCAGAGGGUUACAGGCCAGAGGAGGACUUUGACGAUUACGAGAUUUGGUUUGACCAGUGGAAGGCAGGGAAGGCACUGAGGAAAGAUGCCCCCCAGCCUUCUCAGUCAACGUCUACACCAGCCAAGACAACUCCCAGUGCCAGUACUGCUGUUGGCACCAUACAGGGUGCUACUGGGGGUCAAGAACCAACAGGCCUAGGGGGAGGUUCAACAGACGUGUUUGGUAGCACUUCUGUGGCCAGCUUGUCUUUUGCAUCACUAGCAUCGACUACUGAUGGAGGCUUCGCUUUUGGAAAAACAGGCUCCUUCAGCUUUGCUGGGGCCGGGGCCACCCUGUUUUCAGGGGCCUCAGCAGAGGAUGCCCAUGGUGAUGAUGACCAUGUGCCUGAAAAUCACGACAUCCACUUUGAGCCUAUAGUCUCUCUGCCAAAGGUGGAUGUGAAAACAGGUGAGGAAGAUGAAACAGUCAUCUACAGCCAGAGGUCCCGUCUGUACCGCUGGGACAAGGACACCUCCCAGUGGAAGGAGCGCGGCCUCGGAGAGAUGAAGAUUCUUCAGCACAAACAGGAGACCCGUUUCCGGCUGGUGAUGCGUCGUGAACAGGUGCUGAAGGUGUGCUGUAAUCACAUGAUCAAACCUGACAUGGACCUCAAACCCAACGCAGGGUCGGACAGGUCAUGGGUCUGGAGCUCCAUGGACUACUCAGAGGAGCCCAAACUUGAGCAGUUUGCCAUCAAGUUCAAGACCAUUGAGUUAGCCCAGGCCUACAAAGACAAAGUCGAGGAGUGCAAGGCAAUACUAGCAGAAGCAGAGAGCACAUCGGGUGUGCCGGCCAGCUCAGAUCAACCAUCACCGGUAAAAGAAAACAGGCAGGAUGCUUCAACGUCGCAGACACCUGAAUCUUCACCUGUGAAAGGAAACAGGCAGCAGACUUUGGCGCCACAGACACCUGAGGUCCUGGAGAAAUCUGAGACAGAGUCUCCAGAGAAGUCACCAGCAAAGGGUUUUGGUGAUCUGUUGAAGACAAAACCAGAAACGUCAGCAGCUAGUAGCACAGCAGACAGUGGGAGUGGGAGUCUCUCUUCUCUGUUCAAACCCAAAGCUGGUACGUGGGAGUGUGAUGUCUGCAUGGUGAACAACAACCCUGCUGAACAGACGGUAUGCCCCGCAUGCAAUACGCCUAAACCUGGUACAGCUGUACAGGCACCGGCUGCACCAAGCAGCUCAGGACUAUCCGGCUUUGUUUUCAACCAACCUGGGACAGCCUCCACGAGUUUCGGAGGGUUUGACCUCACCAAACCAUCAGGGUCCACGUUUGGUCAGCCGCCGGCCUCGAGUGGGUCAGUUUUCGGGAAGGCUUCGUCGGGAACCGGAGUCGGUUUUACUUUCGGCAGUCCAGCAAAGCCAGCGGAAACCACAGGGUUCGUCUUUGGUGCUCCGAGCACGGGAACGAGUACUGCUGGGACCAGUCAGCCAACCGGUGCAGGGUUCCCUUUUGCGGUCAAGGCCAGUGAGACACCAUUCAGUACUUCAUCUCCGUUCUUCGGCCAACUGCAGGGAAAGGAGAUGCCCAGUAUAGGUGAUUUGGCCAAACAGUCGCUCAUGACAGCCGAGACUGGUACGAAGCCACUGACCUUUGCAGAUGCCCUGAAGCAGAAAGCGACUGAUUUCGCCCUCGGUGGACAGGAUAGCACGAGUAGUACAGCUCCUCCCGGCACUCAGCUUGGCGGCACGUCCACCUCAGACACGUCCGUGACAUCACUCUCCUUCCAGGAGAUGGCUAACCAGGCUGGAGGGUUCAAGUUCACCUUCAGUCCUGAGAAGAUUGUACCAGCGUCGAAGACCAGCGCUAAAAGUCCGCUGAAGAGCCCCAUCAGGAGCCCGACCAAGGAUGACGGGGAGUACUACGAGUCCGACGGUGGCGAAGACAUCCACUUUGAGCCGAUCGUCAAACUUCCCGAGAAGAUCGAGCUCAAGACGGGAGAAGAGGAUGAGGAGCAGCUGUUUAAGUACCGAGCCAAGCUGUUCCGCUGGGACACAGACUCCGGUCAGUGGAAGGAGCGAGGGAUCGGAGACAUCAAGAUUCUCCGCCACAAGACGACCGACCGCUGCCGGGUGCUGAUGAGGCGGGAGCAGGUCCUGAAGCUGUGUGCGAACCACCUCAUCACGGGGGCGAUGUCGCUACACCCCAACUCCGGGUCGGACCGCUCCUGGGUCUGGACGGCCACGGACGCGGCUGAAGACGAGGUGAAGACGGAGCAGUUCGCCGUUCGAUUCAAACUCCCCGAAACGGCGGCCGAGUUCAAGACGCACUUCGACCGGUGCGUGGAAACAGCAAAGACAUUUUCUUCCCCAGCCAAAGCAAGCCCAGAGAAAGGCACUACUGUUCAAAGCCCGUCAUCACAGGACAGUCCCGGUGCUGAGGCAGCAGCGAGUCCAAAGACCCCAAUCCGCAGCUGUGACCCCAAACUGGCGGCUACACUGCAGGACAUCGAGACAGAAAUUGCUGAUGCAAUCAAGGAGGAUGAUAAUGACAACCGUGAUGGUACCAAUGAGUUGAAUCCGUCCGGGGACGUUAGUACAUGUAGCUCCGGGAAUGUGGAGUCUGAAGGGUUUACAUUGCUCAGCUCCCCAGCGCAGAACAGACAGUCAGAGGGACACUAAGGAAGCAGCCCUAAAACAGGCAGCAGUGAUGGAACUCCAGUGUAGUCGCCCAUGAUGUUUGGUGCCAACCCAACAAGCUUUUCUUUAACUUACAAGCUUCAUUAUUAUAAUGUGAUUAAGAAUAGACCAAUCACAAGACUACACCUAAAAGGUUUAUGGUAAUGAGGACAUACUGCGUUGUGGUUGGUUACAGCAAACUUGCACACUAAUGGUUAAGAAUAAGUGAUCUGAUUCAUGUUUUCUAGUAAAAAAAUUCCUUUGUGGAAAUAAACUGUAUGCGAAAUUCAAAGUCGUUAAAAGUUAGUGGGACCACAAAGAAAUGUAAGGGAAGUACUCUCUUCAAGAUGUGAUCUGUGGAAUGGAUCCACCUCAAAGGUGAUGCCCAAAAAAAUAAUCCCCAUUUCUCUAGAAGGGUCGAAUCUUAUCUUAG